AUGUGUGACAAAAUUGCUGUAUCUCUCGAGGAAGAACUGAGUCCAGAAUCGUUCUAUUCUACAAAAAUGAUCGCAAACACUUUCAACUGCACUGGUUUAGUUGAAAGUUGCAAUAAAUAUGCUCUGGAGAAUUUUCAAGCAAUAGCUGCUGAAGAUUAUUCCAAACAUUUGGACAAAGAUUAUGUUUCCGCUCUGGUGGGAUCAAAAGAGGUCAAUCCGUUGGUCUUUGAUUCUGCACGUUGCCUCAAAGCACUUUUGAAGAUUUUCACUGGUGAAUCACACGUUGUGGCUGAAGAUAUUGACAUCAAAGAUGUCAAGCGGACUACCGCAAUUCAAGCAUUUAAUCCAAAGAUAAAAACUUGGACAAAACUGCAGGGCAUCAGUGAUAAAUUUGUUGACAAACACUUCACAGCAAUUGUUCUUGGUAACAUCAUCUAUGUUAUUGUGUUUGAUGGAACCAAUUAUCAAUUGAAUUAUACCGAUAAUAAUGCUACAUGGGUUAGACUGACAGAUCGGGGGACGGCAAAGAACCGUGUAGAUGCUGUUGUAUUUGAAGGUUCAAUCUAUGCUUUUGAUGAUUCUGGCAAAACUAGCAAAACAGUCGAGAAAUUUGAUCCAUCUGAUGGAACUUGGUCUCAAGUCACUUGUAAACAUGUGGAAGGAUAUUGUACGUCAAUAGUUGAUGCAGGAGGCUUCAUUUACUGUAUUGGAGGGUAUAAUGGUGAGCAUAUGUCGAAUGCUAUAAAAUUUAAUCCAUCAGAUUCAACAUGGACGACACUUACUUCAAUGCCGACUGCAAGAAAUGGUGCAGCAGCAGUUGAACUUUAUGGAAAGAUUUAUGUCAUGGGUGGAUACAACAAUGGCUGGUUAAACGUUGUGGAAUGUUUUGACACAGUUGCUGAAAUAUGGACCACUGUUGCCAGAUUAAGCAAUUCAAGAUACAGUUUCAAAGCUUGUGUUGUCGGAGGAAAUAUAUUUACUCUUGGAGGUUGCAGGAAUAAUUCCAAGAAUACAAUAGAAGAAUAUGAUCCCGCUGUAGACUCUUGGAAAGUUGUUGAAACAAUGGACGGGAAAGACAUUCAGACACGGGCUUCCAUCGCAUUGAAUGUUCCUAGUGACUAAAUAAUUCACGCCACUGCUUUCAACCUCAACCCUUUUUUACACUGCUAUGAUUGACAAUCGCUUCAAUGUUUGAGAAUUAUUACUGAUUUACUUACUCAUACUACAUGCUUGAGUUUUCAAUUGAUCAAUAAUUUUUGCUCUUUUAGUAUGAAUUGCAAUUGUAAAUAUAAUUUGUUUAAGGAAUAUUCAAAACUUUUCAAAUGAGCUAAUCUACUCAAGUAAAUAUUAGAACUCGAGAUUAACUUGUAUAUCAUUGUUUAUUUUAAGAAUGAACCGUCUUUUAUGGACCAUGAGGCACAAUUUAAAUUCUUUUCCCUUCUAAAAUCGAUCGUGCGGUCAAUGUACGUAUCAGGUAGUGCUUUAUGUUUUUUGCCUACACUCAAGACCAGUGCCGGUAUUACUUUAAAAACUGUUGCGUCGCAUAGCCCGAUGCAAGUCAUGUAUGAAUAAAAACCUACUCUAAGCAAUUCAUUGACAUCUUCCCUAAUAACACGGUGCCCCUUAUGGUCCGUAAAAAAUUCAUUGCAUUUGCCUGAUAAUUACUUUGUAAAAUAGAUAUUUCAUUAUCCCAAUGUUUCCUUCAUUAGUUUUACGCAAUAUGUAAUCCUCCAUAGUAUGUAAGAUGGAAAUUAUAAAAAUUUAAUCAUGCAUUAUAUCGUGUGUUCCAGCAAUAUUACUUGUCAGAUUUAGACUUUAUUGCCGAUAUUAUUUUUAUGA